UCCACACAUCUACGCGCAAAAGGAACCUUCCAACAAAGUUUAGUUUGGAUGGCUUCGCGGAAAGAGUGCACACGGGCGUCUGGACGGGGACGUUUAGGGACGAGGUUCGGAAAAGUGGAAGUCAAGGGCGGCCACCGAUUUUUCUCCGGCGACUGUCGCUUGUUAGAUGUGAAAUAAAAAUUCUCCACGUGGAUCAACUGAGCUCGGCUUAUCCAGGGCACACCCAGUACUCACUUCAACACAGGAACUGAAUGACGGGUAGCGGCUGGUCCUGGAUCAUUUUGGAGAACUGUCUGGUGUAAGGCUCGGAGUUAACAGGUAAUCUGCAAACAGCGAUGGACGACUCCGGAGAGGACUACGGAAACUACAGCUAUGACUACUACCUGGAGUAUGGUGACGUAGAAGAACUUAAAAUAGAUCACAGGCAGAAAGAAGCAAUGCACAUCAUCUCGGUGGUCAUUUACAUAAUAUCCUUUAUACUCGGUCUGAUUGGAAAUGGAACUGUCAUUUGGGUGACAGGCUGCAAGAGCAAAAGGACUGUCAACAGCAUAUGGUUGCUCAAUCUGGCCUUGGCCGACUUCAUCUUUGUGCUCUUCCUCCCCUUCUACAUUGACUACAUCCUACGUGAUUUUCACUGGGAUUUUGGCGUCGCCAUAUGCAAGAUUAAUUCCUUUGUGUUGGUCAUGAACAUGUACGCGAGCGUUCUGUUCCUUACAGUGCUCAGUGUGGACAGAUACGUCUCACUGGUACAUCACAACUGGUCUCAGAGGUACCGAACGGUCGCUCGAGCCUGGUUUACGAGCGCUUGCAUUUGGGUCACGGCCGCCAUCAUGAGCUGUCCAGCGCUUAUCUUUCGGGACACGGUGCGCUUAAAUGACAAAGUAGUGUGCUUCAACAACUUCCAUGCACAGGAUGGACAGUCAGCAGCCAUGAGACACAUUCUAAUAGUCUCCAUUCGUACUACGGUGGGCUUCUUUCUGCCUUUCACUGCUAUAUGUGUGACCGGCAUCCUUCUGACAGUGAGGGUGAACCAAUCCCAUGGCUCCGUUCGCCUGUCCAGCUUCACCAAAACAGUCUCCGCCAUGAUCCUGGCCUUCUUUUUAUGCUGGGCCCCUUUCCACAUCUUUAGUCUAAUGGAGCUAUCCAUACAUUCCUCGCUCUAUCUACAUAACGUACUCAAAAAGGGAUUUCCUUUGGCCACCAGCUUAGGAUUUUUCCAUAGCUGCAUUAACCCAGUGCUCUAUGUGCUUAUGGGUAAAAAAGUGCGUCACAUCCUGAAGCGCGCAUGCCUGGACAUAACUAAAAGCUCACUAAGAGAACUCAGCCAGUCUGUGUCAGCUACUGACGUGGAAUCUUUGCCAGGAAUCCCUCAAGACACCACACCGGAGGAGCCUGUGGCCUCAUCAACUCUCUGAUUCAGCAAAAACAACAACAGUGAGACCAGGGACAAGGAUGCACCAAAGGACCCAAAUGCUCGACAAAUCAGUUAAAACAAAAUUAUUUUCCAGUUCUUAAGGUUCAAACAACGAAUAUAACAAAACAAUCACAGCAACAGCUGGACACCAGUCAACUGAGUAAACUCCACAAAAACCGAAAGGUAUUGGUUCAAAACAUAAAUCAUGGUCAAAAAGGCUUACACAAAGAUGUGGCCUAGGACGUGGCAGGACACCAGACAAUCCGACACAGGGCAAGGUUAGACGCCGACUAUUUAUACAGAGGGUCACAGGUAGACACGAUCAGCCUGAUUGGCAAGAGCAGGAAGUAAGUUGAAGCAAGGAGGAAUGCCACUACCAAAAUAAGAGUCCUACAUGAACCAUCACAAAACAUUAACAAGACUUCCGAGACAUGACAAACGGCUUUUAUCAUAAUUUAAAAAAAAAAAAAAUCCAAACUUUUUCCCCAUUUUCGGAGAUGUAUAAAUUAUACAACUAGAUUAGGCAUGUGCCGGUAUCAGAGUCUGAUGGUAUGAUAACCUUAUGCCAAAAUAUCACGGUUUCACAGUAUCACAGUAUUGCAAUUACAGCUCCAAAAUGUGCUACUUUGAGAUAUCUGGGUUUACAAAAAAACUAGGGCUGUCAAAUGAUUAAAAUUUUUAAUCGAGUUAAUCACAGCUUAAAAAUUAAUUAAUCGGAAUCAACCGCAAUUCAAACCAUCUCUAAAAUAUGCCAUAUUUUUCUGUAAAUUAUUGUUGGAAUGGAAAGAUAAGACACAAGACGGACAUAAACAUUCAACAUACUGCACAUAAGUACUGUAUUUGUUUAUUAUAACAAUAAAGCCACAAGAUUGCUUAACAUUAUUAACAUUUUUUCUGUUUAACAUUUUUCUGUCUGGAAGUUGGGCAACAAUGACUGUCAGUAGUGGCUGCAAAUGGUAUACAAUACAUUUUUUCUGUUAAAGGGAUCCACAGAUAGAAAGACUUGUAGUUCUUAAAAGAUACAUUUGAGUACAAGUUAUAGUAAUUUUAUAUUAAAACCCCUCUUAAUGUUUUCGUUUUAAUAAAAUUUGUAAAAUUUGAUGAAUGAAAUGAAAAAAUGAAAUGUUGGGAAGUUGGGCAACCAAGACUGUCAGUAGUGGCUGCAAAUGGUAUACAAUACAUUUUUUCUGUUAAAGGGAUCCACGGAUAGAAAGACUUGUAGUUCUUAAAAGAUAAAUUUGAGUACAAGUUAUAGUAAUUUUAUAUUAAAACCCCUCUUAAUGUUUUCGUUUUAAUAAAAUUUGUAAAAUUUUCAAUCAAAAAAUAAACUAAUAACUCACCAUUGUUGACGUCGCCGAGUGGUGAUGUCACAUCGGGCUCCCUGCCGUUCUCCCACAAUGUCUCCCAAAAACACACAAUGUCUCCCACAAACUCGCCAUUGACAGUGGUAUCAAUGGCGAGUUUGAAUUUAAUUAGAGAUCUAGCCAAGGCAAAGUCUGAGUAAGUUGUAUGUGUAUUUUCCAUAGCUAUUUUGAUUGGGAAUGCCAGUUCUCUUUGCAUCGAGCGCUUUUCUUUUUGUGAACAUUAUUUCUUUGUGCUUUCUGUUUGUGCUUUCACUAAAUGAUACUGUAGCGACUUAACUGUUCCGCCCAAAUGCAUGAUGGGAAGUUGGUCAACCAUGACUGUCAGUGGUGACUACAAAUGGUAUACAGUAUGUCCUGCAUUGUGUUCUAUUAGGCGUGUAAAAAAGAAGAUUGGCUCCUGCUUCGCCCAAAUGCAUGAUGGGAAGUUGGGCAACCAUGUCUGUCAGUGGUGGCUGACAAUGAUAUACAGUAUGUUCUGCAUUGUGUUCAAUUUAGCGUGUUAAGAAAAAGAUUGUCUCCUGCUCUGCCCAAAUGAAUGAUGGGAAGUUGGGCAACCAUGACUGUCAGUAGUGGCUGCAAAUGGUAUACAGUACGUUCUGCGUUGUGUCCAAUUAAGCAUUUUAAGAAAAAGCGUCUCCUGAUCUGCCCAAAUGCAUGAUGGGAAGCUGGUCAACCAUGACUGCUAGUAGUGGCUGCCAAAGGUUAAGCCAAUAAAAGGCACGGUCAAAUAAACGCCUGUUUCUACUCGCAUUUCUCUGCCUUUUUGCUCUCGAUGUGCUAAAACGUCGUCAUUGUAAAGUGUUUGAGGCAAUGCAUGAACGGGUCAUUCCGUGCAUGAGUUAAUUGCAUCAAAUAUUUUAACGUGGUAAACGCGAUAAAUUUGACAGCCCUGCAGAAAAUCAAAACUUUUCCCAUUGAACAGGCUUUUUAUUUUUUAAAACAUAUUAGCGAAUUGGAACAACAAAAACAAUUUAAAUUGUUUUCCAUAAAAAGCAUGUGUGUAUGAUUCGUAUCAUGUUUACAUUAUAAACCGUAUACGUAUACGUUUCUCAACGUAGUUGCCAGAGAGAAAAAAACCACGUUUUUCCACCGCUAGACACACUAAACACGCUGUAGUCAACUCUCAUAGCUGGUAGGAAACGUUCAUUACGGUGUUAACUGACCUUUAAAUUUGUAUGGAUGCGAAAUCAUGUUGGAGGUAUUGCCUCCUCGGCAGCCACCCAUUUUUUAGAUGUUGGUUGGCCCUCUUCCUUUAAGCCGGGGCUGUCAGUAACUUUUCUGUAGCCGAAGUAUUCCCAUAACAGCGAUUUGUUUUCUUCGAUGUGGGAAAAAGUUCAGGAGCAUCACCUCCUCCAGCCAUUGUGUAGCACAGCUGAUUCACUGACAUUGAGCGAGAAACGGUGGGGCCUUACAGCUGCAAGCGAGGGAUUUCUCUAUGCAUUUUUGGGACAUCAAAAUUAGCUAAUACCUUAGGGACGGUAUGACAGAAAAUUUUGGCGGUUUUGAAACCUUGACGUUUUCAUACCGUAGCAUACCUUGAACCCAGUAAUCGGCACAUGUCUAAACUCGAUAAAAUUUUUAAGUAUCUUUUCACAAGGGAGGUUUUGUAGACAUUUUGUUGCUGUUGCAUGUCUUCAACAAUUAUACUGAGUGGGAAAAACUACACUACAACGUAUCAUUCUGUUUACGUUUCCAUUUUUUAUUAGUCAUGCGAAGGUCUAUUAGAUCAACAUUUUGGGGAGAAUCAUAGCAGCACAAAAAUUUGUGAUAUCAUAAUAAUAAAGUAGCAAUUUAAAUGAGUUAUUUCAAAAUUCACAAGAACAAUUAAAUAUCCUUAAUGCAAAUAUACAUACUGUAUUUUUGUAAUAUUCCGAAUUUAUUUCAUAUGAAUACUACAUUGCUCUCUCAUAAUGCCAUAUUUAUGAUGUCCUCUUUUGACUUUAAGCAUUGUUGUCUGGUUUUCUGUAUCAGUGUGGCACAAGUAACCCUUCAUUACAAUCAUUUCACGACAUUAUUUAAUCAAUCAGUCCUGAACACAAAUUGCUAACAUAAUAAACAUGCUUCAAAUACAUUCUCUUAACUGUGAAAAUUUGAAUUUACAUGUAUUCUACGAUGACACAAAUAUCGAGCGAUCUGAACACAACUUUUAUGAAGAUUUGUGUUGGCUGUUUUAUAUUUUUUACAGAUGAUGAAAAAUGAUGUUAAGGGAUAUCAAUCGUGCUCUUCUUAAGUCUUGGCAAAAGAAGUGACACAGAUAUGUUUAAAAGUAGUAGAACAAACUGUUUUUGUCUGAAUGUAUAUUUUAUUCUGGAGCAAAUUUAUUUGUAAACGUUUUACAUAUAUAGUAUUCAGCUUAAUAUAUAAUAACUAAAUAGCACCAAAUAAACGUGCUCUAGUGUA